AUGGCAGAGACUGUACUUGAUAGAAUUGUCACAGAAGAGCAGACGAUGAGUAGCACAAGCCAUUACUUGAUAAUGUCAAACAUGUAUAGAGAUGCAGGGUUUGAGGAGAAGACAGCAGAGUUGAGGAUUAAGGUUGGUCGGAAACCAACGGGCAGGAGCUGGAUUGAGAUUGCCGGAGAGAUGCAUGAGUUCAUGGUUGGGGUUGCUGCAUUCUCGCACCCGAUGUGGAAGGAGAUUAAGACAAUGCUUGAUGAAAUGGGGAGAACAGAAGGUAAGAAGAUGCGUGAGCAGUCGGAGAACAUUCACAGUGAGAAGAUGGCUGUGGCAUUCGGCUUGAUCAGAACAAGUGCACCGACACCAAUAAGGAUAUCAAAGAACUUGAGAAUAUGUCAGGAUUGCCAUGAUAUAAUGAAGUUGAUUUCUCAGGCUUACAAAAGAGAGAUUGUUGUUAGGGACUGCAAUCGCUUCCACAGAUUCAUGGGAGGACUCUGCUCAUGCAAGGACUAUUGGUAA